GUGGGUGACGGUGGCGGGGCCCAGAGGGGCGGCCAUUUCCAACGAGCUGGCGGGGGCAAAAGAUGGAGUCGCCCCUCGGGUGGUCGCCGGGGGGCCCGGGCUCUGUAUGCCUCGCCUUCGACCAACUGCGGGACGUAAUUGAAUCACAGGAGGAACUUAUCCACCAGCUGAAGAAUGUGAGCCUGUCUCAUCCUAGGUGCCCUGCACAUCAAUCCAUUAUCCAGCCUUUGUCCUCAUCCCUAGAGGGUACCCCUCCCAUCCCAGCUCCCAAGUCCUCCCUGAGCCAAGCUCUGUUGCAGAUGAUUCUCCAGGAUGAAAAUUUUGUCAGUAAAGAAGAAUUUAAGGCCAUGGAGAAGAAGCUGGCAGAAGAGAGAGCUGCCCAUGCCAAGACCAAACUCCUCCUGGCCAAGGAAGAGGAGAAGCUGCAGUUUGCCCUUGGAGAGGUGGAGGUGCUGUCCAAGCAGCUGGAGAAAGAGAAGGUGGCCUUUGAAAAAGCGCUCUCCAAUGUCAAGAGCAGAGUCCUGCAGGAGUCCAGCAAGAAGGACCAGCUCAUCACCAAGUGCAAUGAAAUUGAGUCUCACAUUACAAAGCAAGAGGAUAUACUUAAUGGCAAAGAGAAUGAGAUUAAGGAGUUGCAGCAAGUUAUCAGCCAACAGAAACAGAUCUUCAGGAAUCACAUGUCUGACUUUCGGAUCCAGAAGCAGCAGGAGAGCUACAUGGCCCAGGUGCUGGACCAGAAGCAUAAGAAAGUCUCAGGAAUGCGGCAGCCCCGCAACCCCAGCGCCUCAGGGAAAAAAUAAAAUAUUCGUUGAUUUUC